AUGUACAGCGUCGAAUGUUGCCACGCUGAGCUCUUGGCAGUUCUCCCCACAAGACCUCAGCCUCAUGAAGAAAUUCUGAUUGGAGUCGUUGCGCCAGAGACACGAGGACAGCGCAGGUUGGCGUCGCAAGGUCCUUCAAGGUCCGACAGCUCGGAGAAAGCGCGCGAGAAAGCCAAGACGGAAGCAAAGCAGCAUGCCAAGAAGGAGCGAAUGGCAGCGGCGCGCGAGAAGAAAGAGCGCGAGCGAGAUGAUGCUGCUGGGGCGGAACUUUUUCGGGAGGACGCCUCGGCCGUUGAAGACCUACUAUUGCUAACCAGUGCUCGUUGUUAG